GCCCUGUUGUUAACUGUUAUGACAAGCCGAGGCCUCGGACUAAAUUAGGAGCGAAGCCGCUGUCUCUGUCCGGCCAAAUCCGUAAUGGAGGGCAUGGACCUGGACCUGGACCCGGAGCUCAUGCAGAAAUUCAGCUGCAUGGGCACAACGGACAAAGAUAUCUUAAUAUCGGAGUUUCAGAGGCUUCUGGGCUUCCAGCUAAACCCCGCAGGAUGCGCCUUCUUUCUGGAUAUGACUAACUGGAAUUUACAGGCAGCCAUCGGAGCCUAUUAUGACUUUGAAAGUCCAAACAUCAGUGCACCAUGUAUGUCCUUUGUAAAGGAUGUGACAAUUGGUGAGGGAGAGUCAGUUCCUCCUGACACACCUUUCACAAAGACCUGGAGGAUACAAAACACAGGCGCAGAGUCGUGGCCUCCGGGGGUUUGUCUGAAGUAUGUUGGAGGGGAUCAAUUUGGUCAUGUAAACAUGGUGAUGGUGCGGUCACUGGACCCCCAGGAAAUGGCUGAUGUCAGCGUGCAGAUGCAAAGCCCUGUUUCUCCUGGCAUGUACCAGGGUCAGUGGAGAAUGUGCACAGCUACUGGACUUUACUAUGGAGAUGUGAUCUGGGUGAUUCUGAGUGUGGAGGUCGGGGGUCUCCUAGGCGUCACACAGCAGCUAUCUUCCUUCCAAGCAGAGUUCAGCACCCAGCCUCAACGCAGUCUAGAAGGAGGCUACAACCCCUUCGCAUCACCACAGAAGAACAAGUGCCCCAACAGCAACAACAACAGUUUCCAUGAUGACAGAGGUCCUAAUCUGCUGCAACAAGAUCAGAAUGGACUUUCACACAACUCUGUAGAUUUAGUAGCAAACAGUCUACAAAACAAUCUAUCAGUAGUCUCUUAUAACCAGGGUAUACAGGAGCCCUAUUCUUCUGGGCAAUCUUAAACCAUUGGGACUUGUCACAGUGAAGCAGCACUAAAUUGUACCUCUGGAGUCUGUCACACCAGUAAGACAACAAGGAUGCUUUAACAGUAGCUGGUUUGAGAGUCCGUAGAUUGAAAACUUAACAAUUUAUGCAAAGUCACUCUCGACUUCAGCUACACUUGGAGAAACCAGAGGCCAACCAACCUGACGUGCAGCUCAAACAUCCCACACCCAUUGUAUGCACGUGUGAAUGCUAAGUUAAAAUGAGUGCUAUGAGUCUAUUGAGUGAUCACUUUUUUUUUUUUUUUUUUUUUUUGAUUUUUUUUUUUAGUUGUCAGUGUAAAUGAAAUAGUGAUGACAGGUGUGUGUAAUUGUAAAAUGUUGUGAAUAUGUGUGUGUAUGUGUGUGUGCAUGUGUCUGUGUGUAUCGGAAAAGAAAAAACAUAGGAGGAAAAGCCAUUUAUUUUUGCCAACUGAUUCUCCAACUUCUGCUCUGACUCUUGGUGUAUUCAUUGGGCUACUGGGUUGCUCUCUGUCUAAAUCUUACAAAUCGGAUGUCUCUUGACACAAACCAUUGGAUAUCAUUAUUUACCCUUAACUGUUUUUUUUAAUGCUGAAUAGAAGAGACAUCUUUUCAUUAUUGCAAAUACAGCUGAGUUUUCCUCAUGGCAUGUUCUUAUUGAGGUAAAGUCAGAUGCCAAUUGAUGAGUGGGCUAUUAUGUUACCUCCUUGGUAAUAAGGUAAUAAAUAUUAGAAGACUGAGGGGCAGUGGUGGAGGUAUGUACUCUCCCUGAAGUGUCCUUGUAGUACCAGCAAACUUGGAUGCAAUGCAGUUUUCCUCCACUAGAUGGAGCCAGCAGUCACUACUAUUAACCUGAAGAUAAGAACACUGAGAAACUGGUUUUAUAUUAGAAUAGCUUCUAUUAUUUUAGCUAGGGCUUUGAUGCUGUACACUCUAAUGAUUUAAAAAGUAAAAUAAAGAGGUUUUUUUUAUCAUUCACUGGUAUAUCAAGAAUGCUCCUUCAGUGUAAAUCUGAUAUCAAAGGUUACCAGCAGUCAGUGACAUUUACUUCCCAUACAUUUAUUAGUUAUUUAUAGCUUUUAAUUCCAUCAACAUUUGCAAUAUUAAAUGACUAUUUGAUAAUACCGCAGUAUUACUGGUCACAUGACAUUCACAGGUUCUGUCUUAUAGCCAAAUAAUGUCAGAGCCGAAGCUAAUUUCAUCAAGUGGCAUGUUAAUUUUGCAGGAUUGAACAUGGUUUUAACCCUGCAUAUGUCGUCCAUACCACUAUCUGGACCCUAUCCCAGCAUGCAUUGGGCGAGGGAGCCGUAUCUUUAAUAAUCCCCUUAGUUGUCCAGAAUAACAACAUGCUGAAUUUAACCCAACAUGAACAGCAGUGAUUGGUUGAACUGCUGUUUUUAUGUUAAGUUGAAUGUACCUAAUGAAUGUAAAAGAGGAGAAUGUUGUAAUAAACAUUUGGUUGCCCAAAGAUUCUACAUAUACAGUAGUUGAAGCAUUUAACUGGCAUUUUAAAUAUUUUAACACAUUUCUGCUUAAGUUAAAGAAUGUUCCCGCUGAUCAUUCAUAUCUGUAAAAACAAAUUAGGAAUUACAGAAACAAUAGGAACACUAUAACUUCAUAUUGGCUUGCACUAAGUGGCUGAUCUAUGCACUGACGAGGCCUAUGCACAUUUUUCUCCUCCACAUGUACAGUGAAGUCCUGAUGCUUUCUAUCAUUUUAUCUCACAGCCAGUAGAUUUGAGCAGUUGUCAGGUAAACACCCUUGUACAAACUGUAAGCUCCAGGGACACUGAACUAUGACCACAUGAUAAUACCAGCCAAUAUAACAAGUUGAUGUGAUAAAGUGGUGAUUUUUUUUUUUUUUUUGCAUUGUCUGUCCCAAAAUGUUAAUGCAGAUGACAUAUCGAGUGCAGUGUGUUUGAUUCUUUGUGUAAUAUCUCUGUGAAGUUUCCACAAGCCAGAUUGCAGAGUGAAUCAGUUGGCAUUAGACUCAUACAACAGGACAUUUAUGAGAGCGAGGAAGUGCAAACAGACGAAAGCUUUUUUUCCUGUAUGUUUGAUGAAUGUUUGUAUGAUUAAAUUAUCACUGAAAGCAAAA